CUUUUAUCUGCAUUUUGACCCACACCUACAUCAUGGAUGGCAUCAACUACGGUGUGUCGUACGCACAGAGCCGGGUGCCACACGCUCCACCGACGGCGCCCACGGCGCCAGCACCUGGCACGUGGACAUCUGCGUCAGUGCACGAGGACUUCAGAGCUCCCGUGCCACGCGCCGUGCCCAUCCCCCGGUUUGCGAUUCGCUGGAUGCAUGAGGCAGGCAAAUGCAUCCCAUGCCGAUUCUUUGCUUUUAAGGAAGACGGAUGUCAAAAAGGCAACGCUUGCGAGUUCUGUCAUUUUUGCGGUCAAGAAGCAGCUGUUAGGCAGGUUGCGGAAUGGGUGAGGCUGGGAGAAGUUAGACUCUUAGACCUUGGUUGCUUGGUUUUUGAGACAUAUCCAUGUGGGUGUAUGAAGGAGCCUUGUAUGAUCUUGUAUAGGUACAUGACCAAAAGCAGCCAAAUGUUGUUCAUUUGUUAGGAAAAGUUUGUGUUGUUCCUGUAUUGGAUCCCAGCCUUUGAUGGUAUGAUAUGCGUGGUAUGUAAUUGUUAUCAUUUUGUACUCUGGUGGUGGUCCCGUUGGGCAUUUGGCCGUCACGGCAGCGGGGUUGAACCUUGCUUGGUGAGACAUCCCUGAGAUCCGGCCGCACAAUGGCCUCCAACCUGAUAGCGAUGGCCUCCAACCCAAUAGCGAUGGCCUCCAACCUAAUAGCGAUGGCCUCCAACCU